CUAAGGUAGUUUUUGAACAAUUUCACUAGAAAUAUCACAGAAAUAACCAAAUGUAAUUUUUUAUAUAUGCACAGUAUGACCAAGUCAAAACAAAAGUGUCAAAGAAAAAUGGUUAGAAAAGAAUUAAUGCUUUCCUUUUUCAUAUUGCAUACAAAUACCAUACUUGGACUUUCAUCCCACCACUCUCUUAUCCUUAUGGCUUCUCAUCAGAAUGCAUUCUCCUUCUUCUUCCUUUUUCUUUUUCUCUUUUUACCAUCCUUUUCAGUUUCUGCUCAGCCAUAUAAAAAUGUAACUCUAGGCUCAACUCUCACUGCACUCAACAACAACAAUGACUCCUAUUGGUCCUCCCUUUCUGGUGACUUUGCUUUUGGGUUCCUACAAUUUGAAAGCAAAGGCUUUUUGUUAGCCAUUUGGUUCAACAAAAUACCUCAACAAACCAUUGUUUGGUCAGCCAAACCAAGUGCUUUGGUACCUGCAGGAUCCACAGUUCAACUUACCAACACUCAACUUGUUCUCAAAGACCCUGCAGGCAAACAGAUAUGGAGUAGUAAUGAUAAUAAUAAUGUGGGACUUGGAUCAGUUUCUUAUGCUGCCAUACUUGAUACUGGCAAUUUCAUUCUUACUGCCACCGAUUCCCAAGUUUUGUGGCAAAGCUUUGAUCAUCCUACUGAUACAAUUUUACCAUCACAGACUUUGAAUUCAAAUCUUGUUUCUUCUUAUUCAAAAACCAACUACACUGAAGGAAGAUUUCUUUUCUCAAUGGGAACUGAUGGAAAUCUUGUUUCAUCUUACCCCAGAAUCGUCCCUAUGCGUUGGUCUCCCUUAAUUUAUUGGGAAAGUGAAACAUCAGGCUCUGGCUUCAAUCUUGUUUUCAAUCUCUCUGGCUCCAUUUAUAUCUCUGCACCAAAUGGAAGCGUAGUUAAAAAUUUGUCCUCCAAUACACCUUCAACUGACGAUUUCUACCAUCGAGCUAUUUUGGAAUACGAUGGAGUUUUCAGGCAAUACGUGUAUCCAAAGACUGCUAAGAUUACAGGCAAUGCCACUCCUUCUCCUUGGCCCAAGGAUUGGAGUCAGGUCUCAGAUUCCAUUCCUCCAAAUAUGUGUUUGCCAAUAACCAAUGGCUUAGGAAGUGGAGCAUGUGGGUACAAUAGCUAUUGUAGAAUUGGGGAUGAUCAAAGACCAACUUGCCAUUGUCCUCAAGGCUAUGAUUUACUUGAUCCAAAUGAUGAAAUUCAAGGUUGUAAACCAAUUUUCACUCCUCAAAGCUGUGAUGAUGAAGAAACUGAUGCCUUUGAAUUCUUUUCAAUUGAAAAUUCAGAUUGGCCUGAUGCUGAUUAUGAGGCUUUCUAUGGUGUAAAUGAGGAUUGGUGUAGAAGAGUUUGUUUGGAUGAUUGUUAUUGUUCUGCGGUUGUUUUUAGAGGGACGCAUUGUUGGAAGAAGAAAUUUCCUCUCUCAUUUGGAAGAAUUGAUCUGGAGUUUAAAGGUAAAGCUUUGAUUAAAGUUAGGAAACAGAACUCAACCUCCAUAAUUGUUAAUCAAGCCUACAAGAAAGUGAAGGACAAGACUUUGGUCCUUGUUGGGUCAAUUUUCUUAGGGACUUGUGGAUUUCUGAUUGCUACUCUUCUGAUUGCUUACCAAUUCAAUAUAAAGAGAACAGAGCUACUCAUUGAGAAAAACUUGCCAGUACUCCAAGGUAUGAACUUGAGAAUUUUCAGCUAUGAAGAGCUUCACAAAGCCACAAGUGGAUUCACAGAAAAAUUGGGAAGUGGUGCUUUUGCUACAGUUUAUAAAGGGGUUAUUGAUGAUUGUAUGGACAAGGAGAUUAAAAACUUGGUAGCUGUUAAAAAAUUGGAGAAUAUGGUGAAAGAAGGAGACCAAGAAUUCAAAGCUGAAGUGAGUGCUAUUGCUCGAACAAACCACAAGAAUUUGGUUCAAUUACUUGGUUUUUGUAACGAAGAACCACACAGAAUGUUGGUGUAUGAAUACAUGAACAAGGGUUCAUUAGCGGAUUAUCUUUUUGGAUGUACAAAAAAACCAAAUUGGUAUGAGAGAAUUGAAGUGAUUUUAGGAACAGCAAGAGGGCUAUGCUAUCUACACGAAGAAUGUGAGAUACAGAUCAUUCAUUGUGAUAUUAAGCCUCAAAACAUCCUAUUAGAUGACUCUUUGGUUGCAAGAAUAUCAGACUUUGGAUUGGCCAAACUUCUGAAGGAAAACCAAACUAGAACCAUGACUGGAAUCAGAGGAACCAAAGGGUAUGUGGCUCCAGAGUGGUUCAGAAAUCUUGCCAUAACAACAAAGGUAGAUGUUUAUAGUUUUGGGAUUGUGUUGUUGGAGAUUAUCAGUUGCAGAAAGAGUUUGGAGGUAGAGGGAGAAGAUGAGUUAGUGGUGUUGGCAGAUUUGGCUUAUGAUUGGUUCCAAGAGAGGAAAUUAGAGAUGUUGGUGAGGAAUGAUGAGGAAGCGAAAGAAGACAUGAAAAGAGUGGAGAAGUUUGUUAAGAUUGCAAUUUGGUGCGUUCAAGAAGAGCCAUCAUUUAGACCAUCCAUGAAGAAAGUGGUGCAAAUGCUUGAAGGUGCUGUUGAAGUUUCCACUCCACCCCACCCAUAUUCAUUUAUCACUGCAAUUCAUUAACAUAAUUGUUAGGAAUUUCCAUGGAUGUGUCGAGUCUGGGGCCACCAACUACGGAGAUGUUGCUAUUUCUGUUGCAAUAUCGCACCUUGAAAAAUCAAGACUCACUUGUCAAGUUGUAUCCAUAUGUAUUGCAAUUUUAACCAUAAACUUUACAACAUGUUGAAAACUUAUAAUAGUUCUUGUUCCAAAUAUCAUAAAGAAAAAGAAGCAUUUUUAUGCCUUCAA